UGUCUGUCGGUUGACACGAGAUGUGUUACUCCCUCGGGGACCGCGGAGGAGAAUGCACGACGGCUCAAACGGACACUAUUGAUCCAUCCAGCCCUGCAGGCCCCAGCGCAGCUCCCAUCCUCCAGUUUGGCACUUUCCUGCAAGUGAUGCUUUUCUAAAUUAAAAAAAAAAGGGGGGACUCUGAUAUAUAUAUUUAUAUAAAAGAAAAAGAAAUGGCAGACAAGGAUAGUGUGGAAAAAUAUCUGGAGAACAACCCGCAGUUCGCCAAAGAAUACUUUGAUAAGAAGCUGCGCGCUGAAGCCCUCACCGCCGCCUUUUCCGCCGAUGUCAACGUCAAAGACACCGCUUCCUUCAAGGAUGUUAACUCUGUACAAGAAGCAGCCAUCAUUUUCGAGCUCGUCAAGGAGCUGCAGAAACAGGGGAACAUGGAGCAGUCCCUUCACAAAGUGCUGCAGAGAAUCGCCCUCAUCAUACAGGCUGACAGGGUCAGCUUCUACCAGUGUCGAGGAAGAAACGGAACGCUUGAGCUCGCCACUUCCCUCUUUGACGUGACGCCGACAUCCAAAUAUGAGGCAAACCUGGUCGAUCCGCAGGCCGAAAUCGUGUUUCCUCUCGACAUCGGUGUUGUCGGCUUAACCGCCACUUCCAAAAAGCCGCAAAAUGUUCCUGACGCGUCCAAGAACUCAAAGUUCUCUGACUUUGUGGACAAACAGACUGGAUACAAGACCAAAUGCAUGCUGACCUUCCCUGUGACGGCUGAUAAAGAGUGCCUCGGAGUCGUCAUGGCGCUAAACAAAAUAGGAGCUGAGCGCUUCACUCCAGAAGAUGAGGCUCUCUUCCACAAGUACAUGAACUUUGCUCAAGUCAUCGCCCUGCAGCAUUACACGGCCUACAUGUUCAAUGUGGAGUCCAGGAGAAGUCAGGUGCUGCUCUGGUCAGCCAGUAAAGUGUUUGAGGAGUUGACAGACAUUGAGAGACAGUUCCACAAAGCACUGUACACUGUAAGGACCUAUCUACAAUGUGAAAGAUACUCAGUGGGUCUGCUGGACAUGACCAAAGAAAAGGAAUUUUAUGAUGAAUGGCCAGUGAAACUUGGAGACGUGGAACCUUAUAAAGGACCAAAAACACCAGACGGCAGGGAAAUCAACUUUUACAAGAUCAUUGACUACCUCCUGGAAGGCAAAGAAGAAAUCAAAGUCAUACCUGGUCCCCCAGCAGAUCACUGGGCUUUGGCCAGCGGCUUACCAACCUAUGUGGCAGAGAAUGGCUUUAUUUGCAACAUGAUGAACGUGGCUGCAGAUGACUACUUCACUUUCCAGAAAGAGGCUGUGGACGAGACGGGUUUUGUCAUCAAAAACGUCUUGUCCCUGCCGAUCGUCAACAAGAAGGAAGAAAUUGUGGGCGUCGCCACUUUCUUCAACAGGAAAGAUGGCAAACCAUUUGAUGAGCAUGACGAGCAGAUCACUGAGGCCCUGACACAGUUCCUUGGGUGGUCAGUGCUGAACUGUGACACCUAUGACAAGCUGAACCGUAUGGAGUGGAGGAAAGAGAUCGCCCAGGAGAUGCUCAUGUAUCAGACCCAAUGCACCCCGGCAGAGCUGCAGUCCAUUCUGAACACCAAAGAGAAGUUUGAUGCCGAGCCCGAAGACUGCGACCAGAAAGAGAUGUACAAACUAUUGAGAGGAAACAUCCCGCCAGCAGACAAUGUCAACGGAGAGAAUCUCUACCUGUUCUCCUUCAGCGAUUUUCCCGUUACAGAGUUUGACCUCAUCAAAGCUGGAAUUCGCAUGUUCUUUGAGCUCGGAGUUGUUGAGAAGUUUAAAGUUCCCCCAGAAACGCUGACCAAGUGGAUGUACACCGUGAGGAAGGGUUACCGUGCCAUUACCUACCACAACUGGAGGCAUGGUUUCAACGUAGGCCACACUAUGUUCUGCCUGCUACAGACAGGAAAACUAAGGAAAUACUACACUGAUCUAGAUGCCUUUGCCAUGGUGGCUGCUGCUUUCUGCCAUGAUAUCGACCACAGAGGAACCAACAAUCUCUACCAAACAAAGAGUGCAUCUCCUCUGGCCAAACUUCAUGGCUCAUCCAUCAUGGAGAGACACCAUUUGGAGUUUAGCAAGACCAUCAUGGCAGAGGAGAGCUUGAACAUCUUCUGCAACCUCCAGAAGCGUCAGUUUGAGAAUGUGCAGCACUUGUUUGAUGUCUGCAUCAUUGCCACAGAUCUGGCCCUCUAUUUCAAAAAGAGAACCAUGUUCCAGAACAUUGUGAAUGCCACAGAGCCCAUGACAGAUGAAAAAGAAGCCACAGCUUAUGUUUCCAACAACCCCAUCAGGAAGGAAAUCGUCAUGGCCAUGAUGAUGACAGGGUGUGACUUGUCAGCCAUCACUAAGCCCUGGGAGGUACAGAGCAAGGUGGCUCUGAUGGUCGCUGCGGAGUUCUGGGAACAGGGCGAUUUGGAGAGAAAUGUUUUGGACCAGCAGCCAAUUCCCAUGAUGGACAGAAACUGUGCCGAGCAGCUCCCCAAGAUGCAGUGUGGUUUCAUCGACUUUGUGUGCUCAUUUGUAUACAAGGAAUUCGCUAGGUUCCACAAAGAGAUCCAGCCCAUGUUUGACGGCCUGAACAAUAACAGGGCACACUGGAACGAGCUGGCUGAAGUAUACAAUGCAAAGAUGAAGGCCAUUGAGGAUGAGAAGAAGAAACUAGAAGAAGAGGAAGCCAAGAAAGCUGGUGGCGAUGGAGGGAAAUCAAAGACGUGCACCAUCUGUUAAGUUCCACCAGUGCUUGGAUCUGGACUGAUACAGUCUGCUUAGGACUAAUCUAGACAACACUAGUCUUUCCCGGUCUGAAAGCUCAUCUCGUCGAAGCUUUCCCUUGUGGUCUCACCUACACCAGUAUAACUCUGUCUGGUAAAUCGCUGUUCCCUUUUUGUGCAGUCCGGCCCAGCCCUGUGUGGUCUAGACUGGUUCUCUGUAGUCCAGUGUAGUCAGGUCUGGUCUGCAGUGCAGUCUGGAAUAGACCCACCUACCUUUUCUUCAAGGAAGGAAGAGUCAGAGGCUUUGCUACAAAGUAAAGCUGCAAGAAAAGCUCUUCGACUGUGGAAAACGUGAUGUGUUUGAAUCUUCCUCCUCCCUGCUCAACAAUGUUGUGGACAUUUUUAAAGAGAAAUCAUACAUUCUUAACAUUUCCCUUUAACAUAGUUUUAAUAAAAAUAUUUCUUACAUGUUUUAAAACUGAGGCUGGGUAAACUCAACUAUUCGUAAACCAUGAUAAGGUACAAAGAAAACUAUUAUACGUAGUUAAAAUAGGAUACAGCUUGAGCUUCAUGUGGGGUGAAUGCAUGCCAAAGCAUGUACAGUGCUACAGUAGGCAAUUCAGACAGUGCUGCUGUUGGCAGUCAGUUAACACACGGUAUAUUUUAAUACUGUAGGUUGCACAACGCACUUAGCUGCUGCUAUUUUGACAGUGGCAGGCCUGACAAAGGGAGGGAGGGCAGGCUGGGGCAUGUAACUUUAUAGUUACAGACCAGAGGAAGGGGUUAAAGUAACACUGAUUAAUGGUAACGAGAGGUGAAAUGAAUUCCUUCACCAUGAGAGUAGGAAAACUGCAAUCUGAGGGAUCUGUCAAUGCUUUAGUGGUGAUACCAAAAGCAAGGACUGAUGUGUCUUACCUCUAAAGGCACUAAUAAGCUGUGAGAAGGUGUAUUUAUUUUAAUAUGCAAUUCUAUCUAUAUACAUAUAUUUUUUGAUUCUUUGAGUAUUUUGUACUUGGGACUGUCUUGGGUGGAGGAUGGAGACAAGCUUUGAAAGAGGGCAUUCUGAAUCUGUGGACAAAUUUGCACUAGAAUCACAUCCGGGCAUCGAGUCUGUGUUUUGCUGUCCUGAAUUGGUGAAAGGCACAAAAUUUACGCCAGCGUUAAGAUCAAACUUACAAUUUCUUAUUGAUUUCAAAAAGAUAACGUCUUUUUUAAAUGUGUUUAGAGCUUUAUGACAUAGAAAUUGUAAAAUGUAAAUUGUGUAAACUCAAUAACUGAAUUAUCGAAGGCUGUAAAGGUAAUCUUUGCUUCUUGUAAGCGGGCAAGUGUCGCAGGAGCUCUGCCUCUACUGUAAGAAGAUUUGACAGGAUUUGAUUGCCAGCCUGUGUUUGCGGUCCACACAGCUUUAAAUAACCAUCUUACUGAGAAGGUUUUUAAAAAAAAAAGGCUUCUAAAGCCUUAUCAUAUGUAUGUGCAGAGACUUGUGUUUGUGAAGAUGCAACUAGAACCAGGCCAAAGUUCUCUGCUUCUUUUCUUCAUUGAUGCAAAUGUAAGAUAAAUAAGGCAAUAACUGCUCAGCUCAGUGUAAAUCUAUACCUCCCACGUAACCCUAAAUUGAACUGAUCUGGCCGGUUUACAGUGCAAGCCCAGUGCACUUUUUAGCUGUGGCUUUCACCUUCCUGUUACACAAUGUCUCCUCUAAUCAAUGGGGCAUCAAUCAGAGGUACUUGAUCCUAUCAGAAGGGCUUUGGGACUACCUGGAAGCUAACUUGUCUGCUGCUUGGGUUGAAGCGAGGAGCUGUUGUAAUCCCUGGAACCAAAACUGUGCAAAAAAACAUUUACAGAAUGUGAGAGAUUUGUUCCAGUGAUUUUAUAAUCUUAUCUUGCUGCGCACAUUUUAUAUGAAAUGUUACACCACCAGUUCUGUCUCCAGUGAUUUAAAAAAAAAAAAGCAGCCCCUUGAUUUUUCCUUUUGGAUCCUUUGUGUGACACAAAAAAUGUGCUAUAUACUUUCUGCUUAAUCCAUCACCUGUCAUUCAGACAUUAGAAAUGAUCAUUUUGAUGUAUGAAAUGACCUCUGUAUGAUUAUUGACAUGUAAUAUGUGUAAGCAAAUAAAGGAAUUUAUGGAUGCA